CAUCAUUCGUUCCUGAGCUGGUCCAGGAGACACACUCGGCUCUGCAGCACAGCCAGAGGAGAGAUAAAGCGAGGGAGGAAAGAAAGAGAGAAAGAGAGAGGGAGGAGGUAGAACCCUGGUUUCUCCGUCAGCCGCAGAGAGAAAACACAUACAAUAUAAGAUAUAUCUAUAAACCUGAUAUACAUAUAUCACUAUAUACAGUAUGCCUGUUUUCCUAAAGCACACUCAGCCCGGGUGUGAGCACAGCUGGAGCAGGUGAGACGGGACGGUUGCCGGGCGACGAGGGACAGGUGUGCUGAUAAACAGGGUUUAAACAAACCCAUCUGUCUUAAAAUGAGGUGCACGAGGGGCGAGCGUGCGGACCCCCUGCACCCCCUCCUGACUUCUGCUGAGACUUUGGUGGGACAGAAAUCGCCUCGGAUACGGAUGAGUUCUGAUAUCUCCUCUGAAACGGCUGGGUUCUGUUAACCACACACAGACGAGGGUCCGGCUCUGGUUUCCUUAAGGAGAGGCGUGGAUGAAGCAGGAGAGCAGCUGAUUGGACCACUGGGAGUGUUGCUGUUUGUCUGAGUGGGCUGGGGCUGGUGGUCUGAGUGGAGGAACAGUGAAGAAGAGUAAGAAGGAGUGAAGAGUGAAGAUGGCCUGCUGUUUUUAUCUCUGUGCUCUGGUAUCUCUGGUCCUGCUGUGUGGAGAACCUUCUUACACCCAAAACUCCGUUACCACGGACGCCCAGGCGGCCAAUCAGACGACCGGGCCGUCGGGCGCGCCGGAGCUGACCCUGACGACUCCGGGGUCGGAGACGGAAGUGCCGGCGUCGGGGAGCCGUUGUUGGGGAUACUAUGACGUGAUGGGUCAGUGGGACCCUCCGUUUAACUGUAACGCGGGGAUCUACCUGUUCUGCUGCGGCUCCUGCUUCUACCGCUUCUGCUGCCAGUUUAAAGCCCACAGCCUGGACCAGACCUCCUGCUCCAACUACGACACACCCGUCUGGGCCAACACGGGCAAACCGGUGGCCCCGGUCACCGAGGUCCAGCAGCAGCAGGACCGGGACCGCACUCACAUGAUCGUCUACAUCAUCUGUGGAGUGGUGGCCAUUAUGGUGCUGGUGGGCAUCUUCACCAAACUGGGAUUGGAGAAGAGUCAAGGAGGGCAGACUGACAUGAGCAACUCCAGGACCCUGACGGAGCUGCUGAAGCAGCCCGGGGAGAUGGGGGGUGUGGACAGAGGGGGAGGGCAUCAUCCAAUUGGAUCCAAUGGCAUCUCCGGACGAUCGAUGCGGACCAACAAUGUAGAUCAUAAUCACCUGAACAACGCCGCUCUCCCUUCUCUCGGACCUGCUAUGACUCUCUCUCACCCCCACAAUAACCUGGGAGUCGGAUUCAACAAGUACUCAUCUCUCAAAGUCCAGGAUACGGCUGCCAGAGACUAUUACAAGAGUUAUCCCAUGGUGGACUACACACACCGCCAGUCUUCUCCCGCAACCUUCCAACCCAUCGCCUUCCAUCCCAAAGACAAGCCCUUCCUGCCGCCUCCGGAUAUCCACGCCCCCCUCGCCAUCACCAUCACGCCCGCCCAGUUCCCCAAGCCCAAGAUCUCCAAAACCAACACCCACCCGCUCACCUCCAGCUCGGCCUUCAAAGCCUGGGACCCCAGCAAAAGCCCUGUCCAGCAUCAGGUGCCCCUCAUGGGCCAGCCGCAACCACCGCAGUCGCACCCCAACAGCCGGCGCCAGGCCUACUCCAACAAGCGGCAGUUUAGCAUAGAGACGCUGCCAGAGCUGUUCUCUCAGCCUCUGGGGUACGGACAAUCCCCUCACCUCCUCCCAAAACACAAGGGGCUGCCCACAAACAGCAAGACAGAGGUGACCGUGUGAACGCAGAGCUGGAGUCACGAUGGGGAGAGGGAGAGGACGAGGGAAUUGUGGAGGAAGAGGAGAAAGGAGGAGAUUAUAAAAUAACGUGUGUGCUUGGAAUUGGUUUUAUUAAGAUAAAAGUAAAGUUGGUAGUUGUCAUAAUUUUCUUUACUGUUGGAGAGAACUGGAAGAGGAGAGAACCAGUCACGACUCUCUCUCUCUCUUUCUUUGAUCUUUGGGAUUUCCUGGACGUCUUGUUUCUCUAACUCCCCCUGUGUCUCUCGGUUGUCUGGUCUCCACGAUCUCAAGACCUGUGUUAAGUCGUCCCAAAGUGUGGUGACUUGCACUGCCAGAACGGGGCAUUCUCAAAGCCCAACAUCCCACUCCUCACACACCCGUCUGGACAGAACAAUUGGGCUGUCAGUUCUCAACAACCUCUGGAUGACACACUGGGAGACAUCACUCAGACAGAUCUAGAGCAUAGGACUGAGAAAGGUGAGGAAGGAGAAGAGCUGUGAAGGAACAGGGUUGGGCAUGGAUAGGUUUAGGAAUUUUGCAUUGUUGUUAGAGUUUGUGGUUAUAAAUGGUUUAGAACAGGGAUAGCCAUUGAUUGGAUUAGGUGUUAUUGGUUUGGGGAGAAGGCUUAGGUAUAUUAGGCUAUAGGGUUUAAAACAGAGCUGAAUAUAGCUUUAAUAAAAGUAAGGUUGGCUAAAAAUCAAUUGUAGACAAACAGUUGAGUGUCAUUAAGGUGUUAACUGGGUGCUACUAGAGUUAAGGGUUGGGUUGUGAUUGGGUGUGAUUUUGGUGGCUCCACAACUUCACAAAACUUGCAGUGAGACAGGAACAGUUUGAAAACUCUUCUUUUAGUCAGGUCAGGUACUCUAAAGACUUUGAGGUCGAGAGGGACAAAGGCACUCUUGACAUCACUCCAGGGUGUAGCCAUCACAGCCUCUCUCCAGCUGUUGCUAUUUGUGUUUCUGCUUUUCUUUUCCUACCCCCUGCAAAAAGGCAAAGUGCACAGGUAGACUCAAGGUCACCGAGCUCAGAUACACAGGAGCAGUGCCAGGGACAAGAGCUGCCUGAGGAGAUCAGGGUAUCAUAGCAACAGAGGGGCUAAAGUCUCGGUUAAGGAGUUCAGGAGAGACUGCUCUUCCUUUCUGUUGGAGACACUGUUGGAUAUAUCUGUCUCCUUUCAGGGAUGAGCAUGUUAACAAUCCUUAUAUAUGCAUGCGCACCUUAGAUGAUUUCACCUCAGUUAAUUUAUUGCUAGCAGCAGACAUGACGCACUUGCUAAAAGUGAGUAAUUCCCUUUUGAGACUGACAUCUUGUUCACACAGAGAACGCUCGAUACGGGCGUGAAAGAAUGCAGCUAUUUUGAGCUUGUUGAACUCUACCUCUCUCUAUCUUUAACAUCUGCAUGAUAAUACCCAUCAGAUUACCCUAUAAAAAACGUGACCCAGAGCACCCAAGCCAGCAGUUUCCUCUUGAUAAAUAAUUAGAAGCUCUCCUAUACAUAACUUUCUGCCCAGGGUCAGGGUGGAUUCUACUCUAUGGAAGCCUCUUUGAAGGAUGGGUUGAGGCUGUGCUAUUCUACGCUAACCUCUGUGAGGGCAGAGUAGAUCAGAUGUUAGCAUUUCCCAGGCAGGGGUGGAUGAGUGAUGGCUGCCGCUGCUGCUGGAUCUCAGCCCUUCCAAGCUGUUCCAAGCUACACGUCUGACUGACUCGUUGGCACGGCACUGCAGGGGGCGCUGUAAUUAAUGAUGGCCCAUCUUUAACACGGCAGAGCCAGAAACUUCAGAUCCUGCAUCUCCUCUAGAGCCAGACGCAGACACACACUCUGCCACGAGACCAGCAUGAAUACGAAACUGCAUGACUGCAAGAAGCGUAGCACUGCAGUAAAAGGACGUACUACAAAAGGGAAGCUACGCCACGGGUUUCUCCCUAAAAGAUUCAUGAUUCUCAUUCCCUCUUUCUGUCACAUUCAUGAUUCUCAUUCCUCUCCCUGUCUGACAAAUGGCAUAAUUGAUGCAAUCUCUGCGAAUUCAGUCUUUUCAGACUAGAGCAAUAAGACAUUUUGACCUCUACAGGAUUGGCAAAGAGAGAUUUCCAGAGAGCCGUAGAGGAUGUAGAUGAUAUGCAGAUCUUGACUGUUACAGGAUAAUAAGGGAUGUAAGAACACCGCUUGAGGGAUUUAUUGAUUUGGACCACUUCCCAACGAAGGACGAGACAGAAUUGGAAAAUCAAAGCGCCGACUGUGUAACUCGACAACGUCUUACUACCUGAACGAAUGGUCUCCAAAAGAUUCUCCAGUGAAACCCAUGUACAUCUCCCUCCCUCCCAUUCUCCCAUCCUCCCUCCUUCCCUCUCUCAUUCUCUGUCUCCAGCGCUAUUUUGAGAAAGAGUUCAUUUCCAAUGUGAGACAAACUGCCAGGUCAGAUCUGCAGGAAAUGCAGUUGUUGAGUUUUCCCAGACCGAAGUCCAUUUUUAAACAACCUGAUUGACACAGGGUUGCAUUAAUGCAGUCUUGCGGGUCUAUGCUGAAUCUGGCCAUGUGAUCUAAUUAUCUGGACCUGCUAUGAUCUGUGGUAUUGUCUCCAUGGAGAUGCCUCCAGGGGGUUGUUUUUGGCCUCGGGUGAGCCUGUGGCUCGCCAAGGACAAACAAGGCCACCGGCCACCUCGACUCACAGCAACCAUCCAACCAGACAGAAGCUCUGAGAUGAGCCAAUUACAGUACAUGCAACCCAUGCAAGGAAAAAGCAACGUUAUUGGCUGGAACGUGUUUUGGGGUCGACCUUCAGAAGGCUUUUGAAAGGAACUUGCUUCCCUGUAAAAACUCUGCAUCUCUCUGCAUAUACAUCUAUGACUUUGCUGCCUCCAGACAGUAGGGGGAGCUGUGAUGAUAAGGCCAAUCCUCAAUGCUCUAAUGCCAGAGGAUUGAGGAAAGUGUUUUUUUUUUUGAGGUUGAGAAUUUCUCUGGCAAUAACUUUCAGAGUCUAAGCAACAAGUGACUUCACGUCAGGAUUAUUUUAGACAGAACUACUGAGCAUAAAUGUUAAAUAACUUAACUAAGGCUUGCAAUUCUUUAUUAAUUAAGUUAUUUAAUGCAGUGCUAGCAGGUGCAGGACCAAAAAAAAUGAAAUCAGAAGAGUUUGAGCAGAGUACACAAACGUCUCCGAUGCUGCUCUGAUGUCUCGAUGGAGCAAAUAUCGACUGUUCGUUUGUGGAGUUUCUAAGCAUCAGGGAUUAGUACUUAAUCAAUCUCUCCUGAUUCCAUUGUAGCACCUAAAAUGACUCAAUGACUGUUGUUUUUAAAGCUUCCUAAAAACGCAAGCGUCCUUUACCCAGAUCCUGCGUGAUGGGGUAGAUACGCUUGCGUCUCUUGUCUAGCAAUACAUUGUGUAUGAUUUAACUGGUUUUUCUUUUUUGUACAGUGUUCGUAAAAAAACAAAACAAAAAACAAAACAAAAACGGAAGUAACACUAAACUUGUAGCAUCUGACGAACGCAAGUUGAAGUGCUUCCAGUGUUCCAGCGCACUUUUGACAUUUCCCUUUCCGAUCUUUAAAUACGUCUUGCCAUGUUCGAAGCUUGUGCUAUGUAUAGUAAAUAAUGUUUCAUAUAAUCACUUUUAAUAAUGCAUUGUAACUAAAUGCUCGGAUGAAACAUUAGUUACCAAUCAAAGGGAUGGUGUACAGUGUAUAAUGAAAUGUGUCGUUUUCCAUUCGUUUAGUGCUUUGAUUGCUAUGUAUUUACAUAACGUUGUAAUGCUGUACCUUUUAACUCUAGAUAAGUUUGUUAAAUUCUCAUUUAUAUAAGGGCUUAUUAAUAAGGAGCAGACGCUGCACUAAAGUGCUGAACUUUGGUCUGGAUUCUCCUAUAUGAAUCUUGACUUUAACCAAGGAAAUAACAGUGACUUUAUUGGUGAGAUCUGUGCUUUGGGCAACCGUUGAAUACAGAAGAAAGCCAGGCUUUGAGGAGAUACCUGGUGGGUUUCUGAACUUAUUUAGUCAAACGUUGAAAGAAAAUGAUUUGGACAGUCCAGUGCAACCUACUGUUAGCUUGUUUAGCAGUUUUAAUGAAAUCUUAAUAUACUUUCCCUUAAAACUUUUAGUAACUCUUUCUGUGAAUCCUGUAUUUAUAUUGUUGUAUAUUGUGUAGAGAAUAUGUUAUAAUGACCACCAUAAGCUUGCAUAGUAACAUAUAAGAACGAUAACUAAUAAAACAUAGUGACAUACAGGGGUUGAACAAUGAAACUGAAACACCUGGUUUUAGACCACAAUAAUUUAUUGUCCUGACAGACAGUUCUGGUGGAAACAGGAGAGUUGAGGUGCACAUUGAAUUCUGCCGUGAUUUGAUCAGCCGUGGUUUUAUGUUUUUUGGAUACAGUCCGGGUUAGCACCCGAACAUCCCUUUCAGACAGCUUCCUCUUACAGCGUCCACAGUUAAUCCUGUUGGAUAUGGUUGGUCCUUCUUGGUGGUAUGCUGACAUUACCCUGGAUACUGUGGCUCUUGAUGCAUCACAAAGACUUGCUGUCUAGGUCACAGAUGCUCCAGCAAGACAUGCACGAACAAUUUGUGCUCUUUUGAACUCUGGUAUGUCACCCAUAAUGUUGUGUGCAUUGUAAUAUCUUGAGCAAAACUGUGCUCUUACCCUGCUAAUUAAACCUUCACACUCUGCUCUUACUGGUGCAAUGUGCAGUUAAUGAAGAUUGGCCACCAGGCUGCUCCAAUUUAGCCAUGAAACCUCCCUUAUAUUAUAAUGCCUUAUAUCAGUAUGUUCUAUGUUCUUAUGUUAUUAUGCAAGCUUAUGAUGGUCAUUAUAUGUAUAAUGUAUGCUAUAUUAUGCAUUAUAAAUGUUAUAUUUAUGAUACAUUAGGAAUACAGGAUUCAUAUGAGGUGUAUUUCUACUUUCUAUGAAUACGAAAGUUGAAAUAAGUCAUGUUUAACUGAAAUCAGACUAAAUACCCUAAUUAAUAAAACCACCUGCAGGCAGAGGCGGAUACUCAGCUAACCAGAGACGCAUUCUUAACCUUUAUUUGAGAUAUUGAAUAGCACAGAUAGCUACAAUUCUUGGAGGGAUGUGUAAAAUGUAUAGGACUUGUCUCCUUUUGACCCUUUUUAAAUCAAAUCUUUUAGAGUUUAUUAAUUGGAGUUUAUUAAUUUAUUAAACUUAUUUUAUUACCAAUUUUUCUACUAUCAGAUAGCUGUUGGUAUUUUGUCCUCCUCUGCCUGCUUAUUAUUAAGGUUAUACCACCUGGGUCAUCUCCUCCUAGUUUGGGAUCAGAUCAAUAUAUCAGGGAAAGAAAAGCUUAGAUUUUUGAGACUCUCUAAGAGUUUAAGGAAAUUUUGGAAGCUUUUAAAUAUAAAAGAUUCUGCAGUGUAUGGAGGACCAAAACUACCCAAAUAAAAAAUAAACAAUUAAAUAAAUAAAAGCGUAUAUAAAUCA